AUGACUUCACAUGCACAUUGGCGCCGUUUGCUGCUUCCCGCAGUCAUCCUUGCCGCUGUGCUUUUUUUAUCUGGCCCGGUGAGCGCAGCGUCGGAAUCCGAAGCCGCUUACCAGGUGGAUUUACCGAGUGGCGAUCUGCAGGCAACGUUGCUCAGUUUUGCCCGCGAUCAUCAGGUUUCAAUUUUCUUUUCCAAAGAAACGGUGGCGGAUAUCACCCACGAGGCUGUGAUGGGUACGUAUACCCUGCCCGAGCUGUUUGAGCAGCUGCUCGGCGACGCCUGUAUAAGUUACGAAUUUGUGCGAGAGCGCCUGAUUGCAAUUGUGCCCGGUUGUCAGCAGGCGGUGGCUGUUGCUCCGGUAUCAGUUAUUGAAAACGUCCUGGUGGAGGAAUCUGCUCCGGCGUCUUUUGUCGAAGAGAUACUCGUUCAGGAACCUCACGUCACCGGCACGCGCUUGCGUAAUCCGUCGGCCAGUUUCGCCAUGCCACUGGAGGUGAUUGAUCAGACUGAAAUCAGACUGUCCGGCUAUCAGGCUGUUGGCGAACUUUUACGCUAUGUACCAGCUGUUUCGGGUAACAGUGCCAGUACUUUGAUCUCCAACGGCGGUGAUGGCACCGCCAGCGUUACAUUGCGUGGGCUGCCUGCCAGUAACACACUGGUAUUGCUGAACGGGCGGCGAAUGAACACCGAUGCUUUGCGCGGUGGUUCGGUGGAUCUCAACACCCUGCCUCUGGGUAUUGUUGAUCGCAUUGAGAUCCUCAAAGAUGGUGCUUCGGCGAUCUACGGUUCUGAUGCGAUUGCCGGAGUGGUAAACGUGAUCACAAAACAGGACAUCAACGGAUUAUCUAUAGAUGCGUAUACGGGUCAGUCUGCGCAAGGUGACCUUCAGACCACCCAUCUUUCAGGUCUGUGGGGUUUCGAAGGUGAGCGCUGGAGCAGCGCCCUGGGUAUGAACUACUACGAUCAAUCCGGCGUUUACAGCCGCGAUCGAACCUUAUCUGCCUCUUCCAACGAUCGCUCCCGUGGGGGCAUUGAUAAGCGCAGCAGUGCAAUCAGCCCUGCCUGGCUCGGUUUAUCCAGCGGACCUGUUGUGUUGCUGGAAAGUGCGCCAGGCGUUGUGCCUGAGGAUUUUCGCGCCAUAACCGAAGAUGACCGAUUUGAAUUCCGCGAUUUCACUUCUUCAAUUGUGCCUUCGACGCGACUGGGUGGUUUUGCCAGCCUGCAGUGGGAUAUGGGCGCGCAAUGGCUGGGCUAUUUUGAAGCCCUUUACCACCAGACAGAAUCAAUUAAUACGUUGGCACCUACCCCACUUCUCAGCGCGUUUGAGCCCGAACCCAUCAUUGUCGAUGCUCAACAGGUGUUUAACCCGUUUGGUGAGGCGGUGUUUGAUGUGCGCCGUCGGUUGUUAGAGCUGGGUCCGCGGAAACAGAUAAACGACUCAGAAACAUACCGCACUGUUCUGGGGUUCAGGCGUGAAACCCGACGAUUAAGUUUAGAUGCGGCAUUCACUUUUAAUCAGACUGAUGCGCAGGAGACUUUUCGCAAUGGCGCCAAUGCCGCGCAAGUCGCUUUGGCUUUAGACGAGGACUGUGCUGCGCCUUGUGUGCCACUGAAUAUAUUUGGUCCUGGCAAUUCAAUAGAUGAACACAUGUCUGCGUUUAUUGGUACGGAUGCGCGCAUCGAAGGGGUAAGCCGUACCUUUGGGUUUACCUUUGAUCUUGACUGGGUGGCGAAACAGACAAACCAGGGCGAUGUUGAACUGUCGACCGGGUUCGAAUACCGUCGUGAUGAGUUAGACACCUCUCCUGAUCAGAUCCUGCGCAAUAAUCUGUUGCUUGGCGGCGGCAAUCGGCGUGCUAUAAAAGGCAGUCGGGAGAUCGUUGAAGUCUAUGCAGAAGGGCUUAUUCCGCUUGCCGCAAACAGACGUUUUGUUGAACGACUUGAUGUGCAAGUGGCGGCAAGGGUGUCGCGGUACAGUGAUUUUGGUUUUCAGGUUAACCCGCGGCUGGUGCUGCACUGGAUGCCAACAAAAGAGAUCACCUGGCGGGCGAGCGGCGCCAGAGGGUUUCGCGCGCCCACACUUCUGCAACUUUUCGCCAGUUCAUUACAGUCAUUCGAGCAACUCAACGACCCCUGCACAGUUGCGUCCAACGUGGGUUCUUUCCUGGGUUGCGAUCUGCAGAGUGAUCCGUCGUUAACUCAAUAUCUGACCAUUACCGGCGGCGAUGCCGGGUUGGAUCCGGAGCGUUCUUCAACCUUCAGUACAGGUUUAGUCUGGCGACCAAAGUGGCGGAGUAACCAGUUGCUGUUCAGUGCAGACUGGUAUUACAUAGAUUCUGAAGAUGUAGUUGAGUCUUCUGCGCAGUUUGUACUGAAUCAGAAUGCCCGCCUCGGCAGGUUUGAAAAUCGUGUCACGCGUAACGUUGAUGGCAAUCUUGAAAUGAUCCUUGCGACGUUACAGAACAUAGGCCGCAGGAAAGUUAGUGGCUACGAUUUAUCCGGUCAAGUAACUUGGAAUAUGCGCGAUAACGGGCGCUUAACACUGGCGCUUAACGCCACCCAUAUUGUGCGGUUCCAGGAUCAAUUUGAUCCAACCUCACCUUCAAUUGAUAAAGCUGGGACAUUCUCUGAUGAGGCAGCUGGAGGUCUGGGAGCGUUGCCUGAUUGGAAGAUCUACACCGGUCUCAGCUGGCGACAUCAGCAUUGGCAAAGCCACUACACUAUUUAUCAUGUCAGUUCUUUGCGAGAAGAAAUACCUUUGUUAGAAACGCAACGGACUAUCUCGUCCUGGACCACGCAUAAUUUCAACGUCAGCUAUCUCGGUCCGCUGUCUAAAUGGUUCAGGUUCACCGCAGGUGUAAACAACUUGUUUGAUGAGGCGCCACCCUUCUCUGCCGCUGCUUUUAACGACAGCUAUGACGGCCGGACGUAUGACAUAACCGGACGUUACUUCUUUGUGAAAGUUGACAAAUCGUUCUAG